UGGUAUUUUAUUGUUAGAAAAGUCAAAAAUUCUGUGUUGUGCUAAAAUUGACUAAAAAGUAGUGUUUUUGGUCGGUUUCCAGGUACUCAUGCUUCAGAUUGACUAAAAAACUGGUUCUUACGAGACUGAUUUUGGAGUUUGCUUCUGAAAGGCAAAAGUACGUAAUUUUGCUUUUAUAUUGCAAUAUGAGCGUCAUUGGAUUAUUUUAUGGCCAAUGCGGCAACCAAAUCUGUGAUUCUUUCUACUCCAACAUUUAUAACGACUUGUCUUUAAAUCCCAAACAUUGUGAUUACUAUAAUGAGAGUUUAAAUAAGUGGUUUAACGUAACUAAAACCAAAAAACUAGUACCAAAAUCUAUACUAAUAGACACUGAAAGUAAAACAAUUCCUCACAAAAAAUCCUGUUAUCAGUUCAAAAAUAUCGUUUCAAAGUCAUGUGGAGGAUCAGCUAAUAAUUGGGCUUUUGGCUAUUUUCAUCAAAGUAAAUUAUUGUUAAACGAUACUCUGGAAUGUGUGCGAAAAGAGUUGGAAAAAAGCGAUUUGUUGAGCAGUUUUCUAAACGUUUUUAGUUCGUCAGGGGGCACAGGUUCUGGCGUUGGAAGUUGCAUAAUUGAACAAUUAAAAAACGAGUUUCCUAAUAAAACAUUUGUCAAUGCUCUAAUCCUCCCAUAUUCCAAUGGAGAGGUCGUAAUCCAAAGUUACAACAGCUUACUCACUCUAUCUAAGAUAUAUUCAAUUAGUGACGCUAUUUUGGUGUUUGAAAAUGAUAGAUUACACUACAAUUGCAUCAAUUCCUUGAAUAUUAAAGACGUCACUUUUGACGAUAUAAAUAACUUGAUUUCGCAUCAAUUACUCUCCGUUUUCCAACCAUUAAACACUCAAACCUCCGAUUUGUUGACAAAAUUGUGCGACAAUUCGCAUAAAUUGUUACAAAUCAGAUCGGCCCCACUUUCAAAACUCGAUUGUGCGUCCAACUGUAAGUCUUUACUGACGUCAAUCUCGCGCCAAUCUCGUUUUGACUUUUUACAAAAAAAACAACAUAAAAGUUUGUCAACGGCUUUGAUAUGCAGAGGAGUUUAUAAUCCGAACGAGAGUGAUCUCAAACCGUUCAAAGACUGUAAUUCCCCCAAAACCUUGCAACUUUACCACCAAAAACGAAAAUUAUUUAAUUUGGAAAAUUGCCUGACUGUCGUUUCAAACACUAAUAAUAUUUGUGGCUCUCUUGAUUCGAUUUUGCAAGACGCGAGGACUCUCUACAAGUUUGGUGCUUAUUUGCAUCAUUAUGAAAAGUUUGGAGUGAGGGAAACGCAUUUUAAGACUGCUUUUGAUACUUGUGAUACGAUUUUGAAUAAUUAUAAAAACUUGUAAUUUGUGAAAUAAAUGUUUUAUUUUG